AUGUCGCUCAUCCCACCUGACCCGGCCAAAGACUCCGCUCCUCUGUCCAAAACCCAAGCUUGCAUUCCUGAACAUUGCUAUUACGCAUUCGACUCUCUGUACUGUGCACUAUCUCCUUCCGCAACCCCCAUCGCCCCCACGUUCGUUGAUGACCCGUACCCACUCUUUAUAACAUGGAACACACGUUCAUCUCGUUCAGGACGCUCCAGAUUAAGAGGAUGCAUAGGGACUUUCGAGCCUCAACCCCUCUACGAAGGGUUGGCUGAUUACGCCUUAACAAGCGCCUUUCGCGACUCGAGAUUCAGAAAGAUCGACCGGUCAGAGUUACAAAAUCUGGAGUGUUGUGUUUCUCUGUUAACAGAUUUUGAGGAUGCCGACUCGUAUUUGGAUUGGACAAUUGGAGUGCACGGAAUUCAUAUUAGCUUUCCUCACCCGUCGCUUCUCAACAGUUCAUCGUCGUCAUCUACAACCCCUUCGCCUCUCUCAUCAUCCUCUUACCUUCCACGAUUGACUCGAAAGCAGAACUUCACUGCGACUUACUUACCAGAGGUCAUACCUGAACAAGGUUGGGAUAAGGUGGAAGCUGUAGAUAGCGCCAUUCAGAAAGCUGGCUGGAAUGGCACCAUCACAGAAGAUAUACGAAGGAGUGUGAAGCUACGAAGGUAUCAAAGCAGCCAAUGUGUCAUUGAUUGGGAUGAUUAUCUCUCAUGGAGGAAGGAGCAUGAAGCCAAAGCCAAAGCCUAG